AUGGCGCCCGCAGCCACCGACACGCAGUGGUCGGUCGACUACGACACCUUGCGACGAGAGAAUUUGUUCCAGAAUCCUCCCACAGAUCACACUGCCUACCCUUCGCUGGCCGAGUCCAUCAAGCCGCAUAUCGAUUCUUUCAAUGCUCUCUUCGAAGAUAGCAAGAUCUUGGAGGCCGGAUUGAGGGAUAUUGGUACCAAGACUUUCCUCGACGGUGAACUCGAGACCUUUGAGCAGAAGAAGGCUCGCCAAGCCGAAGGCAUCCGCGCACCGAAGCGAAACCGCUUGAAUGUUCGCGUCCGUGAAAUCUUCCUCGAGAAGCCCAUGCUCCCCCCCACCAAUAAGCACGCCACCACCAACCGUGAUAUCUACCCAUCAGAAUGCCGAGAGCGCCAUGCGACAUACCGUGGAAAGCUCAAGGCUCGUCUUGAGUGGCAGGUCAACAACGGAGAUUGGAUGGAGUCCGUCCGCGAGCUGGGUAAUGUUCCCAUCAUGGUGCGCACCAACCGGUGUCAUCUUGAGAAGGCGACCCCCAACGAGCUUGUGCGACACAAGGAAGAGUCUGAGGAGCUGGGUGGUUUCUACAUUGUGAACGGUAACGAGAAGCUCAUUCGUAUGCUGAUCGUCGGAAAGCGCAACUUCCCCAUGUCCAUCAUUCGUGGAUCUUUCGUGAAGCGUGGUCACACCUAUACCAAGUUCGGUGUGCAAAUACGUUCCGUUCGUCCCGAUCAGACAUCACAGACCAACGUGCUGCACUAUCUCUCCGAUGGAAACGUCACCUUCCGUUUCUCAUGGCGCAAGAACGAGUACCUCAUUCCCGUUAUGAUGAUCCUCAAGGCUCUCGCUGAGACCAACGAUCGCGAGAUCUUCGAAGCCAUCGUUGGUGGUGUCUCUUCCAAGGGAAUGAACAACACCUUUGUUACAGACCGUGUUGAGCUCCUCCUGAGAACCUACCACGCCUACCAGAAGCACAGCAAGUACGAUUGCCGAUCCCACUUGGGCAAGGCUUUCCGACCUGUGCUCGGUGUCCCCGCUGACAUGCCCGACGAAGAAGUCGGUACUGAGUUCCUCCGCAAGGUUGUGCUCCCCCAUCUCGGAAAUGAGAAUGUCACCGAGACCCAGGAUUGGGACAAGUUCAAGUUGAUCACCUUCAUGAUCCGCAAGCUGUACUCCACAGUCGCCGGAGACUGUGCCCCCGACAACCCCGAUGCCGUCUCCAACCAGGAAAUUCUGCUUGGUGGAUUCCUUUACGGCAUGAUUCUUAAGGAACGUAUUGAAGAAUGGCUCCGGUCUCUUGGUCCCCUCGCCAGAGACUGGACCAUGCGCACCAAUGGUGGCAAGUUCACCGAUGAGGCUUUCGAUCGUGACUUCUUGUCUAGGAUUGUCAAGAGAUCCAACGAAAACAUCGGUAACGCCCUUGAGUACUUCCUCUCCACCGGUAACUUGGUCAGUCCCACGGGUCUUGAUUUGCAGCAAACCUCUGGUUACACCGUCAUCGCCGAAAAGAUCAACUUCUACCGAUUCAUCAGUCACUUCCGCAUGAUUCACCGUGGUAGUUUCUUCGCCCAGCUGAAGACUACUACUGUCCGUAAGCUGCUUCCAGAGAGUUGGGGUUUCCUUUGCCCCGUUCACACCCCUGAUGGAUCGCCUUGCGGUCUGCUCAACCACUUGUCACACAAGUGUCUGAUCUCCACGGAUAACCUGGAUGUCUCCCACCUCCCUCGAAUUCUGGUUCAACUCGGUGUCCGCUCUGAGUCUUCCGUGGCGCUUGAUGAGAGCGUAGUCGUCCAACUCGACGGCCGAAUCAUUGGUUACUGCUCACCGAAGCAGGCACAGAGAAUCGCCGACACCAUUCGCUACUGGAAGGUUGAGGGCAAGAACAACAUCCCCCGUGAGUUGGAGGUCGGAUAUGUCCCCAACUCAAGCGGUGGUCAGUACCCCGGUGUCUACAUGUUCUCCCAGUCUGCAAGAAUGUACCGUCCAGUCAAGUACUUGGCCUCUGACAAGCUCGACUACGUUGGUCCCUUCGAGCAGCCCUUCAUGGAGAUUGCUUGUCUGGAAUCUGACCUGAUUCCUGGUCUUUCCACACACAUCGAGUUCACCCCAACGAACAUCCUCUCCAUCGUCGCCAACAUGACUCCCUUCUCCGACUACAACCAAUCUCCACGUAACAUCUGUACCGCAUCCAAACUGGUCAAACGCCUAUUGUUCGCCCCCCCUCUCUACAACGCCUACGGUCUGGACAACUUCCCCAACGGUAUGAACGCCGUGGUGGCCAUUAUCUCUUACACCGGUUACGACAUGGACGACGCUAUGAUUAUCAACAAGUCCGCCCACGAACGUGGCUUCGGUCACGGUACCGUCUACAAGACCAAGCAACACACCCUCGCAGAGAACGACUCCAAGCGCUCCAAGUCCAAGCGCGACGUCACCAAGCUGUUUGGAUUCGCCCCCGGCGACGAGAUCAAGGACCAGGUGCGCAACGUCAUCGACGAAGAUGGUAUGCCGCACAUUGGUGCCCGUGUCAAGGAAGGCGACAAGAUUGCCGCCUGGCACAAUGUCCGCUUCGAUCCUGCCAGCGACUCUUUCGUCAACGUCGACGGCAUCACCCACUACAUGAAGUACAAGGAUGCCGAAGAAGGUUACAUUGAAAGUAUUCGCAUCAUGGGUUCCGAGACUGGAAACGAGCCUGCUCAGUCACUCAGCAUCAAGUACCGCAUUCCCCGCAAGCCCGUUAUCGGUGAUAAGUUCUCUUCUCGUCACGGUCAAAAGGGUGUUUUGUCUCAGCUUUGGCCCGCAACUGAUAUGCCCUUCUCUGAGAGUGGCAUGCAGCCCGAUCUGAUUAUCAACCCUCACGCUUUCCCCUCCCGUAUGACAAUCGCCCAGAUGAUCGAAUCCAUGGCCGGAAAGGCAGGAGCCAUGCACGGUCUCCCACAAGACUCCACGCCCUUCCAAUUCUCCGAAGAAAACACCGCCACCGAUUACUUCGGCGAGCAACUCAAGAAGGCCGGCUACAACUACUACGGCAACGAACCCCUAUACUCCGGCAUCACAGGCCGCGAGUUCUCCGCCGACAUCUACAUGGGUCUCGUCUACUACCAACGUCUCCGUCACAUGGUAAACGACAAGUUCCAAGUGCGCACAACAGGUCCCGUCAACGCCCUAACCGGCCAACCCGUCAAGGGUCGUGCCAAGGGUGGUGGUAUCCGUGUCGGAGAAAUGGAACGUGAUUCACUGAUUGCCCACGGUGCCGCCUUCCUCCUGCAAGAUCGUCUCAUGAACUGUUCCGACGCCCAACAUACCUGGAUCUGUCGCUGCUGUGGCUCCUUCCUCUCGACCCAGGUUGCUGUUACGGGAUCAUCGCGCUCCCGUGCGGCCGUUAACCCCGGCGCUAUCGCUGCUGCUGCUAAGGCUGCUCCCAACCAGCAGAGUGGUAAUGCUCAUGCGGCUGGUGCGGUUGGUGCUCUUGGUGGUGUUAAUGGUAUUGUGCGUUGUCGUCGCUGUGCUAGGGAGGCUGUCUUUGAUGACUCCCGUGCUGAGGUUUGGGAGGAUGGUAAUGGAAGUCGCUUUGUUGGUGGUGAUGAUGUUACUAUCGUUGCUGUGCCUGGUGUUCUUCGUUACCUCGAUGUUGAGCUGGCUGCCAUGGGUAUCCGUAUGAAGUUCUGGGUUGAUAAUUGA